GUGGAGAACCACAACAGGAGAGAGAAAGUUAGAGAGAGAAAGAGGAGGUUAGUUAAAAAAAGACUCUUCCUUUCUAGUCGCAUUUCUUUUGUUUCAUACCUUCUUUUUCUUCUUCUUCUUCUUCUUCUUCGCUAUUGCUGAAACCGGAGCAGAGGACUGAAGAAGAAGAAGAUUCUUCGGAGCCGGAGAAAAAUCCGAAACCCUGACCGACAUGUUCUGCGAAUCUCGCCGGAGAAGACACCGUUUUUUGCCUUCGUAGCCGGCCGUGAGAGUCGCCGCCGCCGUAGGGGAAUUCGAUACUUGGAGAGCAAGGAGUUUUUGUUUAUUUUAUUUCCCGGAUCAAAAUCGGAAUCGGAAUCCGAAUCCGACGAUGAGAACCGUUAACAAUAGCGUUGAGACGAUCAACGCUGCCGCCACUGCUAUCGUCUCCGCCGAGGCUCGGGCCCAACCUGCUGCAGUCCCUAAACGGAGGUGGGGAAGCUGCUGGAGCCUGUACUGGUGUUUUGGUUCGCACAAAAACAGCAAGCGAAUUGGUCACGCCGUACUUGUUCCUGAACCAGUGUUACCAGGUGCUGCAGCCCCUGCACCAGAAAACCAAGCCCCAUCAACAGCCAUUGUUUUACCCUUUAUUGCCCCUCCGUCUUCUCCUGCAUCUUUCCUUCAAUCAGAUCCUCCUUCCGCUACACAGUCCCCAGCUGGACUUUUGUCCCUCACUUCUCUUUCCAUCAAUGCUUACUCUCCUGGUGGACCCACAUCGAUUUUUGCCAUAGGUCCCUAUGCAUACGAGACCCAGUUAGUCUCACCACCUGUUUUUUCCACUUUCACCACUGAACCAUCCACGGCUCCUUUCACUCCUCCUCCUGAAUCCGUUCAACUCACCACACCUUCAUCCCCUGAAGUGCCAUUUGCUCAGCUUCUGACAUCUUCAUUGGACCGAACUCGGAGGAACAGUAGUGGUGCCAACCAGAAGUUUUCACUCUCUCAUUGUGAGUUUCAGCCUUACCAACUGUACCCCGGAAGCCCCGGUGGCAAUCUCAUAUCCCCAGGAUCCGUGGUCUCAAACUCCGGUACCUCUUCUCCUUUCCCUGAUAAACACCCCAUUCUUGGGUUUCGCAUGGGGGAAGCUCCAAGGCUUUUGGGGUUUGAGCAUUUCACCACAUGGAAAUGGGGUUCAAGGUUGGGUUCUGGUUCUUUGACCCCAGAUGGUGUGGGGCUGGGUUCAAGGCUAGGAUCUGGCUCGGUGACUCCAGAUGGUGUGGGGCUGGGUUCAAGGCUGGGGUCUGGCUCCUUGACCCCAGAUGGCUAUGGGCUGGGUUCAAGGCUGGGUUCUGGGUGUAUGACCCCAAAUGGUCCAGGACUUGGUUCCAGGUUGGGUUCUGGAACUUUGACACCUGAUGGUUUUUUGGUUGUUUCUGGAGAUAGUUUUCUUUUGGAGAAUCAAAUAUCUGAAGUGGCAUCCCUUGCCAACUCAGAUAACGGAUGCCAAAAUGAUGGAUCAGUAGUUGAUCACAGAGUUUCAUUUGAGUUGACUGGAGAAGAUGUUGCACGUUGUCUUGCAAGUAAGUCAGCCUCAUCAAACGGUAGAACUACUUCAGAGUCUUUGGAAGAUUCACCCGCAGAAUGCCCCACUAAGAAAGAUGGAAUAUCAGCAAAUAACGUUGACAGCCCCAAUGAUCAGUCGUGUGUUGAGGAAACUUCCAACAAAACGCCUCAGUCUGAUUGUCGAGAAGGGGAGGAUGAUCAUUUCUAUCAGAAGCAUCGAUCAAUCACACUUGGGUCGAUAAAGGAGUUCAACUUUGACAACACGAAAGCAGAUGUUUCAGUUAAACCGACCAUUGGCUCUGAGUGGUGGGCUAAUGAGAAAGUAGCUGGGAAGGAAGCAAAGGCUGGCAAUAGUUGGAGUUUCUUUCCGAUUCUGCAGCCUGGGGUCAGUUGACAGAUAAAGAAAGAACUUUGAAAAUGGAUCUGCAAUGGUAAAACCACUAACAGAAAAUCUAGAGAGAGUACAAUUUUGAAGACACAAAAACUUGGUAAAACUGGGAUCAAUUUAUUGAUGAAUGAAGUGCAGCAAUUAGAGGAGAGCUUCUUGAAUGUUUCGUGCCCAAGACACGAUGCAGAAAGGAGAUAGCAGCUUGUAGGAUUUCUAGUGUGAGUAGUGGUAUAGCUAGCGCAUUCUUUACAAUUUUCUUUUACUAUGUUAUACAAAAGGAUAGCGUUUCAGUAUAGUGUUUUUGUUGUGGGCUCUAGAUUUUCUUGUAAUGUGUACAAAUUAAAAAGAAGCUCAAAAUAGUACCUCUGACUUCUGAGACCUGAUCAUCUGAUGAAAUCUAUUUGGGAACCAUAUGUUACAGGGCCUUA